AACUGUGUGUGCGUCACUGGUAACUAUAGUCCGACUAUUCAUUCGGCCAGCUCACCUCACACAGCCAAGGAUCGUGAGUCGACUGACCGACUCAACCGCGGCAUUGCGUGUAUCAUUCAUUAGUUAACCAGCGUUGGGUGUAACCGCAAAUUCAAGCAAUGUUAUGAUGUGCGUUAUCAAGUACAUCGUUCUUCUCUUUACCCUCGUAUCAGUGCCAAGGACAAACGGCUAUGAUUACGAUUGCGGCAUGCCGCUGCUUGAGCAGGCUCAACUAAAGGCUACAUCAUCCCUUUCCGAACGAGGACCCGAAAAUGCCAGGCUUAACGGGGAUUCGGCAUGGUCACCGGACACCAGCAGCUACGAUCAGCAUCUGACAAUGAAGCUGAAAGAAAGAUACGAUAUACGCAGUAUUGCGACACGUGGUCGUGCGCAUACUAACGAAUUCGUAACCGAAUAUAUUGUCCAAUAUUCAAACGACGGUUCGGCCUGGACAAGUUAUGAAAGCCAGGAUGGUGUGGACGAGAUGUUCAAAGGCAACGUAAAUGGAGAUAUGAUGAAACUGAACAAAUUUGAAGUGCCUAUAAUUGCGCAAUGGAUUAGAAUAAAUCCAACUCGAUGGAGGGAUAGAAUAUCCCUUCGCGUUGAGCUCUACGGAUGCAACUAUGUAUCCGACGUUGUGUCUUUCAAUGGCUCGUCUCUCGUUCGUUGGGAUCUUCUUCGAGAGCCAAUUGAAACAGACAGACAUUCCCUCCGUUUUCGUUUCAAAACUAACAACGCCGACGGAGUACUGGUGUACUCUCGUGGAACGCAAGGGGACUUUUUAGCCUUACAAUUGCGAGACAACAGAAUGCUGCUAAACAUCGACUUGGGGUCUGGAGUCAUGACGAGUUUAUCCGUCGGAAGUCUUUUGGACGAUAAUAUGUGGCAUGACGUUGUAAUAUCCAGAAACAGAAGGACUAUUUCCUUCUCGGUUGACAGGGUGUUAAUCAAAGGAAGAAUCAAAGGGGAAUUUUACCGUCUUGAUUUGAACAGAGCUUUCUUCAUCGGCGGGGUGCCAAAUAAGCAAGACGGAUUAGUGGUAAAUCAGAAUUUCACCGGAUGUAUAGAGAACUUUUAUCUAAACACUACCAGUUUCUUCCACGAGCUUAAAGAGACUGAAAUAACUGGCGAAAACCUUAGAUACCACAAAGUGAACACAAUUUACUACUGUCCAGAGCCUCCUAUAAUUCCAAUAACAUUUUUGACACCGCAAUCAUUCGCUCGACUGAGGGGGUACGAAGGCGUUUACUCGUUAAAUAUUUCACUCGCAUUUCGAACGUAUGAACAUCAAGGAAUGAUUUUGUAUCAUCAAUUUACUUCUCCGGGACAUGUCAAACUGUUCCUCGAAGAGGGAAAAAUAAAAGUGGAAAUUGAAACCCAAGGGAAUCCAAAAGUGAUAUUGGAUAACUUUGACGAUACGUUUAACGAUGGAAAAUGGCACCAAGUUAUAUUGACGAUAGAGAAAAACAGUCUCAUACUCAACGUGGAUGGUCGCCCAAUGCGGACGCGACGUUUACUGGACAUGACAACAGGUUCCAUAUACUUAAUUGGCGGAGGUGUCGCAGGAACAGGAUCAAAUAGAGGAUUCGUUGGAUGCAUGAGGAUGAUAACUGUCGACGGAAAUUACAAGCUACCUACCGAUUGGAAGGAGGAUGAAUACUGUUGCAAGAAUGAAGUCGUCUUCGAUGCUUGCCAAAUGAUAGAUCGAUGUAAUCCUAAUCCCUGCAAACACGCAGGAAUUUGUCGUCAAACUUCCGAUGAGUUUACGUGCGACUGUACAAAUACCGGCUAUGCAGGAGCCGUCUGUCAUACAUCCCUGCAUCCGCUGUCAUGCGAGGCCUACAAGAAUACAAAUUCUGUCAAUCAGAGAGCUGAAAUAAAAAUCGAUGUCGACGCAAGUGGCCCUUUACGCCCGUUUCCUGUCACCUGCGAAUUCUAUGCCGAUGGAAGAGUAAUGACUGUUCUCAGGCAUAGUAACGAGCUACCAACACCAGUUAACGGAUUUGAGGAACCCGGAAGUUUUAUACAAGAUGUGAAUUACGAUGCCGACUUUGACCAAAUCGAAGCUUUGUUGAAUCGUUCCACCAGCUGUUCGCAAAGAAUCAAUUACGCUUGCAGACAGUCGAGACUUUUCAACUCGCCAGUUUCGAUAACCGAAGAUUUCCGACCAAAUUCAUGGUGGGUCAGCAGGGGCAAUCAACGCAUGGAUUACUGGGGCGGGGCGCUUCCAGGGUCUCGGAAAUGCGAAUGUGGGGUUCUUGGGACUUGUAUAGAGUCUACAAAGUGGUGUAAUUGCGACUCGGGGCUUGAGAGCUGGCAAGAGGAUGGAGGUGACAUUACCGAAAAACAGCAUCUGCCUGUGAAGCAGUUACGGUUUGGUGAUACCGGAACACCACUUGAUGAAAAAGAGGGAAGAUAUACUCUCGGACCUCUGAUCUGCGAAGGCGAUGAUCUGUUCAAAAACGUUGUCACGUUUCGCAUUGUGGAUGCUACGAUUAAUCUACCAACAUUCGACAUGGGUCAUAGCGGCGAUAUUUAUUUUGAAUUUAAAACCACAAUUCAAGACGCAGUGAUCAUUCAUAGCAAGGGACCUACAGAUUACAUUAAAGUAUCUAUUCACGGAGGAAAUCAAAUUCACUUCCAAUAUCAGGCUGGAGGUGGGCCGCUGGCUGUUAGUGUUCAAACGUCGUAUAGCCUAGCCAACAAUCGCUGGCAUUCCGUAUCUGUGGAAAGAAAUCGCAAGGAAGCCAGAAUCGUUAUCGAUGGAGCUCUCAAGAACGAAGUCAGAGAACCACCUGGCCCAGUCAGAGCGCUGCAUCUUACCUCUGAUCUUAUAAUCGGAGCAACAAUUGAUUACAGAGAUGGUUACGUCGGAUGCAUCAGAGCAUUGUUAUUGAAUGGAGUAUUACAAGACCUGAGAAGUCAUGCGAGGAGAGGAAUCUAUGGAAUAAGCACCGAUUGUGUAGGGAGGUGCGAGAGCAGCCCGUGUCUGAACAAUGGAACAUGUUUGGAAAGAUUUGACGGAUACACGUGUGAUUGCAGAUGGACAGCUUUUAAAGGACCAAUUUGUGCAGACGAAAUUGGUGUAAACAUGCGACAGAGCUCGAUGAUUAAGUACGAUUUCAUGGGAAGCUGGCGUUCGACUAUAGCUGAAAAAAUUCGCGUUGGAUUUACAACGACGAAUCCCAAAGGUUUUUUGAUCGGUUUAUUUUCUAACAUAUCCGGAGAAUACAUGACGAUAAUGGUCUCCAACAGCGGACAUCUCCGCGUCAUUUUUGACUUUGGUUUUGAAAGACAGGAAGUAAUAUUCCCUGACAAACACUUUGGCUUAGGUCAGUAUCACGACGUCAGAAUAAGCAGACGAAAUUCAGGGUCAACCCUGGUCAUACAGGUCGACAACUACGAGCCAAGAUUGUUCAAUUUCAACAUCAAGGCUUCUGCCGAUGCUCAGUUCAACAACAUCCAGUACAUGUAUAUCGGUAAAAACGAAUCCAUGACCGAAGGAUUCGCUGGUUGCUUAUCUAGAGUUGAGUUCGAUGAUAUUUACCCGCUCAAGCUUCUCUUCCAAGAAAGCGGACCAGCCAAUGUAAGAUCGCUGGGCAGUCAGCUGACGGAAGAUUUCUGCGGAGUUGAGCCCGUUACUCACCCGCCGAACAUAGUUGAAACUAGACCACCACCGCAAGUCGACGAGCAGAAACUGAGGGCAGCUUACCACGAAACUGAUACAGCCAUACUGGGAACUGUACUAGCAAUCUUACUGAUAGCUCUGAUAAUAAUGGCAAUGCUUAUUGGAAGGUACAUGUCCAGGCAUAAAGGAGAGUAUUUGACGCAGGAAGACAAAGGUGCCGAAAUGGCUUUGGACCCAGAUUCCGCAGUCGUCCAUUCUACGACUGGCCACCAAGUUCAAAAAAAGAAAGAAUGGUUUAUUUGAAUUUAGUACACUGUCCACGAUUCUAUCGUGCCGAAAAUCAGUACGAUUCAAUGCUUUUUUAUACAGAAAAACGUCUUUUAUAAGGUAGCUGACUUUGUGCUCUCAAACGCGGAAUCUCUUUAUUUGUAUACAAUAAACACGAACGUACAAUCGACGUAACUUUUAAUUGAAUUUCAAACUACUUAUG